ACAGAAUAGUUUGAGAAGCAAAAAACGUAUGACGUUUGCAUACGUGAGAUGAGUAAAUUAGGCAUAGGCCAACUGGUUCCAGAAAGGUGCUCUGAAACAACUCCGAAAGAAGCGCACCUACACCAUACAUACUAGUGUUUGGAGUACGUAACCACCCAGCAUCGUUCAAGCAAGCACCUGGACAAUGCAGGUGAUCCAGCACUCAGCUGAGAAAUUACGGACUGCCCUUGUGCCUAACCGCCAAGAUUUGGCAGCCCUCUACCAGAAGUACAGUCUUCAGGAGAGGCGUUUAAUGGAGGAAGGCCUCCGUCCUGACAGCACCCUGUUCAGUCCCAUCAGCUUGCACUCGGAUUCUGACUGGAUCACCGCACAUCCGGAGGCACCCCAGGACUUCCAGAGUUUCUACAGCAGCCCCUACCGCAGUAUUCCAGUUAAAGGCAGAAAUACAAUUUAUAUCCAGACUAUUGGCUCAUUUGGUGGAGCAGAAGCUCUCACAGAGCAGUAUGUGGGCUGGUUGAGGGACUACUGUGAGGCAUUUUAUUAUGGGCUUACGGUGAAGCUCCUUGAUCCUGUGACUGUGGCUGCCACUGGCUGUGCCUUCAGAAUCAACAACAACACACAUAAUCUGCAGAUACAUGCUGGUGAUUUACUAAACUUCUUGCAGAAGAGGAAACCCAAAGAUGCCUUCUGUAUUGUGGGGAUCACCAUGAUUGACUUGUACCCCAAAGACUCCUGGAACUUUGUAUUUGGCCAGGCAUCCCUCACUGAAGGGAUGGGGGUUUUCAGUUUUGCCAGAUACGAUGACGAUUUCUACAGCAGGAGUUACAAGGGACGACUGCAGAAAGGGAAGGAGAUAAGACGGGGGGAUUAUACAGUGUUCUCCGGAUACUACACCCCACCCAUCACCAGCACCCUGCUGAUCAGGUCCUGCAAGACCGUAACCCAUGAGAUUGGACACAUCUUUGGCAUGCAGCACUGCCAGUGGCUGCAGUGUGUAAUGCAGGGCUCCAAUCAUCUGGUGGAGUCUGACCGCAGGCCUCUGCACCUCUGUCCCAUCUGUCUGCGUAAGCUGCAGUCAGCGCUCCAGUUCAACAUGGCAGACAGAUACAGGGCUUUACUCCAGUGGAUGGAACCAGGGUUGCCUAGCAAAGAGCCGCACACAUCCCAAGAGUCUGUGGCCCACUCAGCCAAACCCACCCAGGCAUUCAAGGACUCUCGGCAGUGGUUGCAGAAGUGCCUGUGUGUACUGGAGGGUUAAAUAUUUGCGCAUUUUAGAUGUAUCCUGCCUGUAUAUCUGUGAAUACAGAUGAACUAAAUCUGGGACCAAAAGAUUGUCCUUGAAAAGUCUAAAAAGACAUUUAAUGAGUGAAAAUAUAUCAAUCUUUCAUACUAAGUCACUAGCAGGAUGUAAUUUAUUAUGUCUAUGUCAAGGCUUGCAAAAUCAGUGUGUUCAUAAUUCAUAAUAUACUGUAUGAUGUUAUUUGUAAUUAUUCUCUCACCUGUUACCCACAAAAAAUAAGAAUGAAUGGAAAAUCUGAUUUCAGUGGUGAAACCUGAUGGAAAAACAAGUGUGUAUUAUUGGUCAAAUAUAGUCAAAUAUUUGAAGUAGUCUUUUUAUUUUCUCUCAUUGCAUCCUGGUCUAAAAUAUUUGUAAUGGUAAGGAAAGCUUUGCUAUAUCAAUAUAUGCUGAUUUACUGCUGUGAAAGAUGGAUGAAAGAUGUGCAAUCUCCUGCUUUUUUUGGACUAUUUGUGCUUAGCUUGCAACAUAGUGAAUCUUUUGCUAUACACAACAUUUUAUUUAAAUCUAACUGUAAUUUCCAUGACCAGUCAAAUUAAAGAAUUUAUAGGCAACGUGCAAAA